AUGGGCCAAUCCGGAUCAACCGCCGCCGCUGAAAUAUCGGAUUGGAGCUUUGUGGUUAUCUCGGCUCUAACGCUCCCCAUUUGCAUCUUAUUAUUUGUCUGCAACCUCUUCUCCAAAUCUACCGACCCAAAACGAUGGCACACGCUGAACAUCAUAGAAGCCAGUGAGCUAGCAGCCGUAAUGGCCGUCGUCCUACCAGGCCGUAAGAUAGAUGAACUUGAAGAGAGCCAAAUGCAAGAAAUGAUUUUGAAAUGGCUAUUUGGUAGUGGGCUUUCUAUGAACCAUGAAUUUGUGCUGGAUCAAGACGAGGAAGGCGAGCUUUUUGUCGUCAUGAGCGCGAAAAAGGAAUGCGAGUGCUGCCGAAAAGAGGAGGACGGCUCUUCAAAAGCAGCAUUUGAUCGCUCCCCAUACGGCUCACGGUUGGCCGUUUUUCACUCGGAAGGUGACGGAACUGUCACCCUAAGCGUACCACAUCAAUAUAGAGAGCGUAGAAAUUCCACAUCGGCUUCAACAGUUCACGCUGUACAUCCACAGCGAUAUCAGAGAACUAAAUCGGAUACACAGGUACACCGCAUCAGCCACCUUGAGCCACCGGUGGUACAAAUGAGAAACGGAAGGCUAGUUUCUGUUGAUCUCGAUGAACCACCGCAAUACAAACCCCCACCCCCGCCCAUUAGCGAAAGACGUGGACAAAAAAUUUCGCCGAUCCGGACGCAACCUGGCGUUGUGAAGACUUUGCCGAAGCCGAGUGAAAAAGGAAAAGAAGAUGAAAAAGAUCAAGGCUUCUUCCGCUCCUGCUAUCGUGAAAUGGGAACAUGCUGUCUUGGACUAUGCUCAAAUUUCUCGUUA